GGGGAAAACCAGGCAAGCCCAUGUGGGAGGGAAGUGGGAUGGGAGGUGUCGUCACCAGUCAAGGGCUUAUAGGGGCCACGAGGAACAGGAACCUCCGUCACAGCCGGUGCAGGAGCUGAGGAGUGCCAGGUGAGGUGGGUGUCUCCGGGUCAGGGAUGCCAGUUGGUGGGGGGCCAUGCUCAGAGCUGGGAGGGAGAGCUUGGCGCUAAGCAGGGUUGUGGCAUGGGACCAUUUGCAGGUGGUGGCCACACUGCUGUGCCAUACAGACACACACAGAGCGUACUGCAGGGCUGUCUUUACAUGCAAACUGUGCUGUCUGUGUGCACAGGGGCUGUGCUGCCCCUUGCGAAGUAUAUUCAGAGCACUGUGAUGGGUGCACAGGCAGAGCACGGUGCUCUGAAACCAUUAGGUGCUUGUGGCAACACUGCUAUGCAGUGAGCUGUGAGCGGUGAAUGUGGAGCACUCAGCCCCCUGUGUUUUUUUACCACUGUGAGUUGCAAGCAGCAAGCUCAUGGAGCUCUGCAGCCUCCAUCCAGGCGUGCUGCCCUGCCCUGCUGUCCUGGCGUGCUGGGCAGGUGUAGAGGGAGCAGAGAAGGGCAUUAGAGAAGUUGUGGUAUGUGGGAGGGAAGCUGGAGAUUUCUUCAGCUCUCCAUCAUUCAGCAUCAUGGAAAGUGGAAAGGGGAGGGAGGCACUGGGGCACGCAGGAGCUCAUGGGCAUGCAAAGGGUUCUGCAGGUGGUCCCAGUAGGGCAGGUGCUGACAGAGGAUGUCCAAGUGCACAGCGUUGGGUCCCUGGGCUGCACAUGUCCUGAAUUCAUAUUUGCUGUACCUGUUCUGUCGCUUGUGUGAAAUCAGAGCUUGGGGUGGGCUGACCCUCACUCCAGACAUUGUUAAGCAGCUCACCUCACACAGAGCCACAGUCUCAUCCGCCCAUUCCCAACCUCCCUCAUGGCACAGAGUUGGGAGAAGCUGGGACAGGCAGGAGCAGGCUCUGCUUUCCUACCAGUGUUUAAUGGGCACAUCCUCAGUGGACAUUUCCCUACAGAGAGCCAGCAGAACCUGUUCCUUGCCCAAAGCCAUUUUUCCAUUGCAUUUGGGGCACUGGAUACCAUAGGUGGCUGUGCUCCCCAUACAUCCCAAUGCCCACAUGCCUCCAGCUCGCCCCAAAACCCCUUGCAGCUCUUCCUGCACAUCUCAUUUCAGAUCUGAACGCUUACAAUGGACCCUCAGAGCACCCCCCCUCCUGCCAUUGAAGUCACUCAGCAGCUCCUGGGCAAUUCCUGCUGUCAGAUCCACGAUGGGUUCCUCUCAGUGACACUGCCUGUGAUGUACUCACUGAUCUUUGCCAUUGGGCUGCUCAGCAAUGUGCUGGCACUCUGGGUGUUCUCAUGCAGCAUGCAGCGCCAGACCUCCAUCACUGUGUACAUGAGGAACCUGGCCCUCUCCGACCUCCUGCUGGCCCUCUGCCUGCCCUUCCGCAUCGCCUUCCAGGACAGGAGUGAGCCUCGUGUCUUUUGCAAUAUUGUUGGGGCCUUCUUCUACCUCAACAUGUAUGUCAGCAUCACUUUCCUCAGCCUGAUCAGCCUGGACCGCUACCUGAAGAUCAUCCGGCCCCUCCAGAAAUACAGGAUUCACACCGUGUCCUGUAGCACGUUGGCCUCUGGAAUGGUUUGGGUGGUGAACUUUGCCUUCAUGCUGCCUUUCUUUUUUGAGAAAAGAGGGAAGGGACCCUGUGACCAUAAAUGCUUCCACUUCAGGAGCAAAAGCACCAUGGCAGCAGCCUUCAACAUGGCCGCAGUGGCUGCCUUCUUCAUCGUGCUGUUGCUCUUCCUCUACUUCUACAGCAAGAUAUUUGCCAAACUGCACCAGGUCUCCUCAGUGAAGGCCCAGCAGCUGAACAAGAAGACCAGCACGAGAGCCAUCACCAAGACCUUUGUGGUCCUGGUUAUCUUCAUUGUCUGCUUCACCCCCUACCACACUGUCCGCAUCCCUUACAUCCUGGCGCAGAUCGGGGCCAUUUCCAGCCUGCCCUGGAAGCAAGGUCUGCACCUCGCUAACGAGCUCGUGCUCUGCAUCUCAGCCCUCAACAGCUGCCUCGACCCCAUUAUCUUCUUUUUCUUGUCCAGCAGUUUCCGCAGGGCCGUGCUCUGCACCAUCCAGGGCAGGCUGAAGGGAGUCCUGCUGAGCAACCAGGGCAGGCUGACCCCCAGCAGGUCUGUGACGGAAUUGUAGCGUCAAGGUCCAGAAAAUGGGAUUUCCUCAUUGCAGAUUGGCUCUGGCCACUGGUAUUUAUAGGACAAGGCUUGCUGGGAAGAUGGAACCACUCCGUGAGACAUGGCUUAGUGGGCGUGGUGUGAUGGGUCAGGGUUGGACUUGGUGUCAUUGAAGUCUUUUCCAGCCAUAAUGGUUCCAUGACUCUACAAUUCAUGUAACACCACCGGGGUCAGAGUCUCCAUGGGAGUAAACGAGGAGAAAAGGACAGCUGGGACCUUGUUUGUUCCUACCACAGCUGGCAUAGCUGAAGAGCAUAUUUCUGAGCACGAAUGAAGCUGGAAGUGCCAAAGGAGAUUUGGCCUUGGCCUGGGAACCCCGGGCAGCCCAGAGGGCAGGAGCAGAGCUGGGCUCCUUUGCAGACGAAGAGGAGAGGGGAGGAGUGAGAAGGGGAAUGGGCAAUGAAUCAUUACUAAGGACACAUCGUCUUCUCACCAGAGAGAGGAAAAAAGGGACGGGACAGGAGAGGGUGCAGUGCAAAAGCAUCUGGGAAGGAUGAGGAGGCAUCAAAGCAUCACUCGUGGAGCCAGGGAAUAUUUUGCUCCAUGAUGGAGCACAGAGGUGAGCACUGCCAGACUUGUGCAACAGACCUGCCAGGAAAUGCUGCAGCCCUGCAACCUGAAACCACGACAGCAUCAGCUAUAUUCUCUCAUUACUGCAGCCUUUGUAACCUCAGCUCAGCCCCACAUCUCCAUGCACCGAGCUCAGGGCUUCCUUUAGCUCUUUGCCCCUCUCAUCAGCACAUUUGCAGGGGCUGGCAGCUCUCCUGGGCACAGCACAGCUCUCUUGGGGCCAUUGCUUCAGGAAGGUUGCAGUGGGCAGAGGGGCUGCAGUGCCCCCUGAGCCCCAAUGGGAGCAGCUGGCUCUGAGCUUCUCAGCUCUGCUGUUCUGCAGCAGCUCCAAAAGAGAAACCCACGAGGGAUGUGCAGGAGUUGCUGCCUUCAUCAGCGCCUGUUUCCUUCUUGCAGAAGAGAAUAUUUCUCGGUAUUUUUAUCCUGUUCUAUGCCCACACCUCAUUUGUUCCCUUAUUCUUAGGGCAGUGAAGAGGUGGAGCAGCAGCAUGAGCUCCCUGUUGGGCAGCAGAGCUGGGCAGUGAGAGGUGGGGCUUCAUUCAGACCAAACUGCCGUAGUGACCACAAAACUCCAACACUGAAUAAUACUUGGGAGAAUAAAAUGUUUCCUUAAAGACUGAAUGAUCUGAUCUUUCCAAUCAAGGUAUGAGCAGCUUCAGUCUGUAUGUAUCUGUUUUCUCUCUGUAUGAUGAGCAGGAGAGAGGGAUAUUUCACUCAGAGGGUGGUGAGGCACUGGAACAGGUUGCCCAAGGAGGCUGUGGAUGCC